AUGAACUUGCAGUGUUUUCUCCAUCUUCGGAUUCUCCUGAGUGCUAUACUGACUGUGACAGCUUUUCACCCUCCACCCAACCAAUUCAGCCACUACUCUGGACCCCCACCACAAUACGGCUCCCCGAAACCAGCUGCUAGACAUGAGAACUACUGUGCAUUUGUUGUGGAGAAGACUGUCUCAUUCACUGUUCAGGGUGGAGCAGCGCCCUUUGUGAAGGCAGAGUACAACAAGUGUGCCUGGGGUCAGAAAUGCCCAGUUCUAAAGUAUUGCAUGUUCUAUAAGCCCAUGUACAAAGUGGCAUAUAAGACUCUGACUGAGCUGGAGUGGAAAUGUUGUCCUGGAUAUGCAGGUGUUGGUUGCACUGCAGUCUAUGGAAUGAAAGCAAGGCCCAUUUUCAAAGGACCAAUGCCUGCACAGAAGGGUCCUAUGCCUCCUUUCAAAGGGCCAAUGCCUGCGCAAAAGGAUCCUAUGUCUUCUUUUAAAGGGACCAUGCCUGUGCAUAAGGGUCCUAUGCCUCCUUUCAAAUGGCCAAUGCCUGCGCAGAAGGAACCUGUGCCUUCUUAUAAAGGGCACAUACCUGCACAUAAGGGUCCUAGACCCUCAUUUAAAGGUCAUUAUCCCUCUAAAAAGGGUACAAUGCCUUAUUUUAAAGGGCAAAUUCUCCGACCCAGCCAUAGCAGGAACCCCUGGAAUAAACCUCAGGCACCAUCUAAUAACAUGAAUGGAUACCCAGGCCCCAGUGUUGGGCCCACUUUCCGAGACACCUCAUUUGAAGCUUAUCCGGACCACCAGGGGCCUGAAGUAGAUCAUCCCAAACCAAUGCCAGACCCUGAAGAUCCUGGCCAUGAUCUAAUCUCUGAAGAGCCUGAGCCAAUCACAGACUACCAGGACCCUCAGCCAGAAAACCAUGGCACUAUACCAGAACACAGUGAGACAGAGCCUGUUCCCAAUGCACAGAUACCCUCUGGUGGUAGUGAAACAAGCCUAGAUCAUGAUGACAACAGUAUUGAAGACGAACGGCUGGAUAGGCUAGAGGAGGAUGUGCAGAGACUCUCACUUGGUCUUGAGACUCUCCGUGGUACAGUGACAGGCCUGGAGGACAGCUUACGUGCUUCCCUCCGUGAAGAUGCCAAUUGGAUGUUGAGUGCACUCAUUUCUGCUGCUCCCAGCCCUAUUGCUGCUCCAUCUCUUUCCAGAGACAAUUCCGUAGGUUUUGGAGAUCUGCCUGGAGGUGCACUGGAUAUUGAAAGUUCAGAUGUGGUGGGGCAGUUCCCAAACCUGGCUGAUUUAGCUGAAAAGUUAUCAGAGCUACGUGCGGAUCUAGUUGCGAAGACAUCUGAGCUGGCAGAGUUGAGAGGAGUAGUCUUGGUUCACAAUAACAUCCUUAAAAGUCUAUCUGGUGGGUCAGUGAACCUGACUCAAGCUGACUUUCAAAAAGUCCUGGAGGCACUGGUGGAGUCCAAAAUGAGUGAGGCUCGGGUAGCAAUCCUAGACGGGUUUGAAAAGAGAGUGGAGAGUGCUGAGAAGCGAUGCGAAGGUCUGGUGACAGAGGUGCGACUCCAGUGCAAGGACGAAAUUUUGAAUGGACAGGAUCAUAUUGAGCAAGUCCAAGACAUAAGGGCAACACAAUUGAGGACAGAACUUAAAAAACUCCAAGCUCAACUUCAGCACCUGGAGCCUGAAGAGGGUUGCUGUAUUGCAGUGUCAGGUCUAACUGAAAGGGUAGUUUAUCUGGAGCAAUCAGUGGGUGGCUUGAAUGAAUCCCAAAUACACCUUCGUGCCGAACUUGGUGGACACAAGGACCAUAUAGAGGGCAUGUUGGAGGGCCGGCUAAGCUAUGUCAAAGACAAGCUGAAGAUUACACUGAAUCAAGAGGAAGUGAACAUUAGCAAAAGAGUGUCUAGUAGCCUGGCGGCACAACUUGAGGGAAAGCUAAAGGCUCUUGAAAAUCGUCUCUUGGCUGCAGUGGAGGAGCUAGGUAAUGUCACUGCACCAACCUUGCUGGAGGGUCAGGCUGUGCCUAUGCUGGAAACUGAAGUAGAAUCACUCAGAGAAAAAGUGGAAGACAAUUUGGAACGUGUUCAGGAGCAGCUCAAAUUCAUAGAGGUCCACUGUACGUCAUUGUGUAUUCCACAACCUGUUCUUACAGGAUAUGCAGCUCCUUUGGCAACUGAAGAGAAAACAAGUGAGGAUAUCCACAAGAAACUGGAUGGGAAACUUGAUUUACAAGCAGAGAGAUUGAACUGCCUCAACACCACCCUAUCCAAUCUUCUCAUCCAAUUAGCAGAGAAACAGGAGGAGGCUAGUCUUCAGGGUGAGGUGGCCCUCCUGAAAGUCACUGUAAACUCUGUUAACAGAUCUCUCAGUGGCUUGCAAGAGUCACUUUGUUCUGUGAUCAAAGAAGUGGGCCACACCAACCUCACCUGGCAAGAGAGAGAAGAGAGGCUUGCACAGCAGGUGAAGGGUGUGGUGCAGCUAGUGGGAUGGCAAGCAUCUAUGUUGGGCACUGGGGAAAGAAGGUUGACCCGUCUGAAAGGGGAACUCCAGGAUCUACGACGCAGAGUGUCCGGAGAACUCCAGGGUUGCCGCUCCACUGCCUUGGGUGUCCAGAAGGAGGUUACUGAAGUCGGGGGUCGUGUAACCCGUGUGGAGGGACAGUGUGGAGGCCUGGCACACCUGGCUGAAGACCUGGAGAGAAUUCGAGGACAGCUGGAAAGACACUCUGAUGGGCAUCUGUCUCAUGUAAAUAGCACCCUUGUUAACCAUUCUCACCAGCUGUCUAAGCUCAGAGACAGCCUCCAAAACUGCACUGGACAAUCUGGGUUGACCAGGAUAGCAGGGGACAAUUUGUUAGCUACAUCACAACAAAGGGCAGAACACCUCACAACAGAGCCAACCCAUCCAAGAGGUGACCAGUUUGCAUUCCCCACACAGCACAGAGGUGACUAG